CCAGUCGGUAGCACCAUGUUUUGGUACGACCACCUCCUCCAUGCUCCACGCAUGAAGCGCCUCCCCUCUCAAUUCUAACGAUCACUUGGUUUCUUGUCUAAGCCCCUCUCAAUUUCACGCUUCUUCGACUCCAUGGCGACUCACAGGCUCGCCGUGAUCAUUGAGAACCCUUCCGACGAUGGCGAAUUCCUGCUCGUAAAGCAAUCUCCGCCGCCGAAGUUCGGCGAGGAAGAGUACGACUCUUACGUCGAUUCCGACCUCUGGGACUUGCCUACGGCGGAGUUGAGUUCACUGGAAGGAGAGCAUGGGUCAAGAAUUGUCGUCGAAGGUGAGGAAUCGUGCUCGGAGAAGCUUGACUUGAGUAAACUUGAUCUCAAUUUGGCUAUCGACCAGGUUUUGCAACGAGCGGGUUUCGGGACGCCCGGUGGGGUUCAGUGGAAGCUCUGGAAGUAUGUGAAGGAACCUGAAUUUGGGCCCGGACUCCCUGUUCUGACAGUGUAUAUAAUUGGAAAGUUAGGACCUGAAAAUGGAGUUUUACCAGGUUUUCUUUGAUUUUUUUUUUCUUCG